UCCCUGGAGGGCAUCAUACACAUCCAGAACACCUUUAACAACAUCAUUCUGACCCUUACAGAUCAACAGGGCUUCAUCAAAACGUAUACUUCAGCGGGUAUCGUGGGUUUCCGGGGCGCCCGCAGGUCACAGCCCGUCGCAGCCGAACGAGCCGCGGAGGAGCUAGCGCGUCGGGCGCUCAAAUUAGGCUAUUCGACAGUUUCCAUACGACUUAAAGGUCCCGGCAACACCAAGCAAUAUGCAGUGCAGUCUCUCGCGGCCGCUGGUCUCCAGAUUAUAAGCCUGGCGGACGUGACGCCGAUUCCGUACAAUGGCUGCCGCCUGCCCAAAAGGCGCCGGGUGUGAAAAGGUUUGGGUGCUCUGCGGCUGCUCCAUUGCAUGCAGGCAGGUUGAGGUUCUCCCUUCACUGACCCAGGUCAGGUGGCGGCGAUUGACCGUACUGCAAUGGCGAUUGACCGUGCUAGCUAGGACAGGGUAUGCAUGUUGACAAUGGUGCAAGUGUCAGCUAUAUUCCUAUGGUUUGGGGGCUGAUGGAUUUUUCAGGAUGACCAUUGCUUAUCCUGGCGUGUCCUGGCGUGUAGUGUUCAUACCCUUGGGGGCGAGGGUCGCUAGAAGGGGGGCUUUGGGAAAUCGUUUCUGUGGCUGUGUGUGCUGUCGUUGGCCAGCGGCUUGCUGUUGCAGGAAGCGCACGUGAUGCAGCUUCCAGCCUUGGGCACAGUGUAUUGUGACGUGUACGGCGUACUAAACGGAAGGGUUGGAACUUGCCGCGUCGCGACGGACUUAAUGCAUAUGAUUGCUUCUCAUGGAAACAGUUUUACGUUGGAACCUUUAAGGUUAUUGCAGGUUGAUUGCGGUAGACGUGUCUGAGCUUUCGGCGCGCUGAAACGACUGUAACAAGGAUAGAGAAA